AUGGUGAUUAAACAUUACCAUCAUCACCAUCAUUCUCAUCGUACAUACCGUAAUAUUGAAAUUUCAGCCACUGGCUAUCGAAAGAUAUGCCGUAGUUGUCGCAUGAAACGAUGUCUUCAUAUUGGCAUGCUUCCAGAAAAUGUACAAAAUAAAGGGCAAAGAAAGAAUACAAUAAAAUCGAAUAAUGUUAUCAUCAAUUUGUUCUACAUUUAUCAUAAUUUUAACAAGAAAUGUUACAAAUUAUCCAGUGAUAUAUUACUCUGA